AUGGCGGAGCUGGAGGGCCUUGAGUACGGAAAGUCAGACUUUGUGCUUCUAGACGAGGUGACCAUGGAGCAGUUUAUGGAGAACUUGAGGUUAAGGUUUGAGAAAGGCCGCAUCUACACUUUCAUUGGAGAAGUAGUGGUAUCAGUCAAUCCGUACAGACAGUUGGAUAUCUAUGGGAAGGAGGUCAUUGAGGACUACAGGGGAAGAGAACUGUAUGAGAAUCCACCUCACCUGUAUGCUGUCGCAGACGCUGCUUAUAAAGCCAUGAAGAGACGAGCCAAAGACACAUGCAUCGUCAUUUCAGGUGAGAGUGGAGCAGGCAAGACUGAGGCAAGCAAGUACAUUAUGCAGUACAUUGCAGCGAUCACCAACCCUAGCCAGAGGGCAGAGGUCGAGAGUGUGAAGAACGUGCUCCUGAAAUCCAACUGUGUGUUAGAGGCCUUUGGAAAUGCAAAGACCAACCGCAAUGAUAACUCCAGCCGCUUCGGCAAAUACAUGGACAUCAACUUCAACUUUAACGGAGACCCCACGGGAGGACACAUCAACAACUACCUGCUGGAGAAGUCAAGAGUUGUCCAGCAGCAGGAGGGAGAGAGAAAUUUCCACUCAUUUUAUCAGGUGUUACGGGGAGGAUCUGAUGAAUUGCUGAAGUCUUUGUAUCUGCAGAGAGAUCCUGCACAAUAUGCCUACACCAGUCAAGGAGCCUCCGUCACACUUGCGUCCAAUAAUGACUCCUUAUGCCACAAAGCUGUGAUGGCAGCACUAAAAGUGAUCGGCUUCACUGCUGAAGAGAUCAUCUCCAUCUACAAGAUCCUCAGUACCAUCCUACACCUGGGCAACCUUCAGUUUACAAGUGAUGGUGAACAUGUCAUACUUGUCGGAGAAGAUACAGUGAAGCACAUAUCUGAGCUGACGUCCACAGAGCCUGAGAAUGCCAGGAAAACACUGCUGUACCGUACAGUGGCUACUGGAGGUGGUGAGGUCAUUGAAAAGGGACACAACGAGCAGGAAGCUAGCUAUGGAAGAGACGCUUUUGCCAAGGCUUUAUAUGAGAGAUUAUUUGCGUGGAUAGUGGGUCGUAUCAAUAGUGUGAUUGAAGUGAAGGACUACAAUCCUGCCCUGCAUGGCAAAAACACUGUUAUAGGUGUGCUGGACAUCUAUGGCUUUGAGAUCUUUGACAACAACAGCUUUGAGCAGUUUUGCAUUAACUACUGCAACGAGAAGCUACAGCAGCUCUUCAUUGAGCUUAUUCUACGACAGGAGCAGGACGAGUACCAGAGAGAGGGUAUCACAUGGCAACAUAUCGAAUACUUUAACAAUCAGAUCAUAGUGGAUUUAGUGGAGCAGCCUCAUAAGGGGAUCAUCUCCAUCCUGGAUGAAGCCUGUCUCACUGCAGGGAAAGUCACAGAUACUGUCUGCCUGGACAGCAUGAACAAAAAGCUGGGCCAGCACCCUCACUACACCUCCCGGAAACUCUGUCCCGCCGACAAGACCAUGGAGUUCAAUCGAGAUUUCCGUAUCCGACACUACGCAGGAGACGUUACGUACUCAGUUGAGGGGUUUCUUGAUAAGAACAAGGACCCACUUUUCCAGGAUUUCAAGCGACUGAUGUACAACAGUUCUGACCCCGUCCUCAAAGAAAUGUGGCCUGAUGGGAAAAUGAGUAUUACAGAGGUGACCAAACGGCCUCUAACUGCAGCUACACUCUUCAAAAACUCUAUUAUUGCUCUAGUGGACAAACUGGCCUGUAAGGAGCCAUACUAUGUGCGGUGUAUAAAGCCAAAUGAAGUGAAGUCUCCCAUGCUGUUUAAUGACGGACGCUGUCAGCACCAAGUGGCGUACCUGGGACUGCUGGAGAAUGUCCGUGUCUCUGACCAGGAGGCUGUGGAGGCCAUCGUGAACCAACACGGCUUUGAGGACGAUGUAGCUUAUGGCCACACCAAGCUAUUCGUGAGAACCCCUCGCACGCUCUUCACGCUGGAGCAAGAGAGAGCCGCGCUCAUCCCCAUACUAGUGCUGUUCUUACAGAAGGUUUGGAGAGGUGCAUUAGCACGCAUGCGAUGUAGGAAAAUAAGGGCAAUCUAUACCAUAAUGGCAUAUUAUAAAUGCUAUAAGGUGAAGGCUCACUUCUGGGAAGUGGAGAGAUGUUUCGCCAACGUUCGAAACAUGGCCGACUAUGGGAAGAGUGUGGAGUGGCCGAAACCACCUGCAGCCCUGGUGCAGUUCCACAGAAUCACACAACACCUCUACCGCCGAUGGUGGGCCCGGCAGCUAAUUAAAAACAUCCCUCCGUCUGACAUGGCGGAGGUGAGGGCAAAAGUAGCUGCUCUGUCAGCUCUGAGCGGGGAGAGAGUGGACUGGGGCUACAGCCGUGCCUGGGAGAGAGACUAUUUGGCCAGUGCAAAAGACUCUCCUCUGACGAGCACCAACUUUGUGCGCAUCACUAAAGAGCUGAAGAACAAAGACCAGUACAGCCAGGUCCUCUUUUCAUGCUCUGUCAGGAUGCUCAACUGGUUCAACAACACAAAGGACAGAGCUCUACUCAUCACAGACAAGCAUAUCUACAGGCUGGAACCUAAAAAACACUUUAAAGUGCAAAAACGAAUAUCGCUUGAUGCAGUGGUUGGUGUGAGCGUAACAAGUGGCAGUGACCAGAUGGUGGCGCUACAUACUACCUCUCAGGAUGACUUUCUAGUGCACUUGCAAAGGGGUCAACUCAACCCAAAUCAGGACCGUGUAGGGGAGUUGGUGGGCAGCCUCACAGACCACUUUACACGAGUGAAGAACACUCCACUGCCCGUCAAAGUGUGCUCUACAGGACUCCAGGUACACAUGAGCGGAAAACCUAAGAGUAUCACCGUCGAGACCAAACCCGGCCAGACCGUCGCAGACUUCAAGAAGAGUCGAACAGGAUUCACCUUACUGCUGCCCCAUCAGUAAAGCCAAGACUUAGGACAUAAAACAGUAUUUAGCCAUUCAGUCAUGACGGGACCGUAACUUCCAGAGAUUUCAAACAGGAUUGGAUAUGUUUGUACAUAAGUGGAACACAAUUUCUUAUUUUCUCAAUCUGAAGCAAUGCACUUUGUUGUUAUUAAAUAGAGUGCGGCUGUGAUGAUGUAUUUUUGUAGGCCAAACCAGAAGUUUGUAUCACCCAGGUUUCCUCGAUUUUUCCACUGGCUUUUGGAUUAUUGCAGAAAACAAGCUUUGCAACCAACAGAAGUUUAUGAUUCUUACACACAAGUUAAGACCACUUUUAUCAAUUUUGAGGCCUUAAUACGAUUGCCAGAAAUUUAAAAUUAAAUGUAGGCUAUAAAUGAACUACA